AUGUCCCUCGCGGAUGCCAUGCCCCACGCUGCUCUGCACCCCUCCAGCACCAUGUCCCACGGCAGCACAGGGAGCAGCAGCUCAAAUCCGAGCACAAGCACCAGUUCUAUCUCCCCUGCGUCCACCACCGCAGCGGCCGCCCGACAAUCACUGGGACAGGGACCACAGACCGCGGUAGCGCGUGACUUGCAGAAUUUCGAGUUCACGAAGCGCAAGCGCUGGGCGGACCUGCUCGUCAACGAGCUCAGCGACGCGAUCCUCCUCGUCUUGUCUGCCGUGGGCCGCGUGUGGUACUGCGGCACCGCGGUGGGGGAGCUGCUCGGUUGGCGCGAGGACGAGCUCGUCGACGGGGACCUGGCCGAGCUCAUGAACGGUGCGUCUCAUCGAGCCCCUCUCCCGGACGACCGUGCAAGCUUCCGCAGCGCGUUCGAGGAGAGCGUGCGCACCCGGCGCGCGAUGCUCGCGUAUGCGCGGCUGCAGUGCAAGAACGACUUUUACAUGGCGAACGACUACUCGUCCCGCCCGCGCGAGGUCCUCUUCGAGAUCACCGGCCGCCCGCACGUCCUCCCCGACACGGACGCCUUCCAGUGCUUCUUCGCGGUCGCAAAGCCGUACCCGAGCCGCAACACCGCCAUGCUCAACACGUUCCUCGAGCUCAAGAUGGAGAACGAGCGACUCCAGCAGCGCCUCGUCCAGCUCCGCGCGCAGGCUGGGGCGUCUCCCGGCGCCCUCGACGCAGCUGCCCCCGCCGGCGCCCAGCUCGCGCAGCCGCUCGGGGGGACGCAAAACGGAGAGGGGUUUUACGGCGUGUAUGAAGACAUGGCGCUCCCGUCCCUGAGCCGCGCGGGCGUCGAGGGGGCCUCCACAGGCGUCGGCGCGUUCAGCGAAGUCCUCGGUGGGGAGGACGACGGGGAAGCGAGUGGGCCGCGGAAGAAGGUGAAGCGGACGUUCAUGACAGGAGAGCAGUACGUCUGCGUGACGUGCGGGAGGACGGAUUCGCCCGAGUGGCGGAAGGGCCCGCUCGGCCCAAAGACGCUCUGCAACGCGUGCGGCUUGCGCUGGGCGAAGAAAGUGCGCACGGACAAGUCGGGCCAGCAGGAUGGCGAAGGCGACGCGUCGGGCACCGCAGCGGUGGUCUUUUGA